CAAGGAUGUGAACAGACUAAUGAUUCUAGAUUUUGCAUCGCCGUGGUUUUUUCUUGAUGGGUUUUUAAGAUUUGAUCGGAUUAUCAUUCCUCCCUUGAGGUUUGCCACUGUUUCAUGAGUGGCCCUUCAAGAGAGCUUCUGGCAGGGUUCUUUUCACUCAGACAUCAAAGAUGCUUGGAAAUUAUGUCAAGAAGCCAGCUCUAGAGCUCGCUGCUCUUAGUCGUCUCCAGUUCUAUAGAGAGAUCCAUGGUAGAAAUAAGAAGGCGAUGGAGUUCAUUGCGAAAGGAUGGAGUGCUUUGAAGGAAGUGGAUAGAGUCAUUGAUUACUGCGAACGCAAUGAUAAACGUCUUAUCCCUCUCCUCAGAACAGCGAAGGAGAAUUUUCAGCUGGCUUUGGAGGUUGACAACUCCAAUACCCAUGCUAGGUAUUGGUUGUCCAAAUUGCAUCUGAAGUACCAUGUUCCAGGGCAAAAUCAUGCUAUAGGAGUUGCUUUAUUAGUGGAAGCUGCAAAUAUGGGUGAUCCAGAAGCACAAUAUGAAUUAGGUUGUCGUCUAAGAGUUGAGAAUGAUUAUGUCCAAUCAGAUCAACAAGCUUUCUAUUAUAUAGAGAAGGCAGUUGAAAAGUUGCAUCCUGGUGCUCUUUACCUUCUUGGUGCUGUAUACUUGACGGGGGAUUGUGUGAAGAAAGAUAUCGCCUCAGCUUUGUGGUGUUUCCAUAGGGCAUCGGAGAAGGGACAUGUUGGUGCUGCUAUAGCAUAUGGAUCUCUCCUCCUUAGAGGCGCUCAGGUUCCAGAACAUCUAACAAAAUUCAGUUUGAAGAGGGGUUCAUCUGCGAAAAAAAUGAACAGAGCUGAAAAUACUGAGAUGAAUCCUGUAGAGAGAGCAAAGGAACAGUUCCAGAUUGCAGCAAAAGCAGGAUCUGAUCUUGGAUUAAAGUGGCUGCAAAGACUUGAAGAGGAAGAGAAUCGUCUACUUGCGGAGAGUCAUUCUAAGGAACCAUCCUCCCAAAACUAAAUUGGUAUAUCUAAUAACAGGAUGUGUUCCUGGGUCAAAAUGGCUGCAAAAGCUUUAGGAGGAAGACAAACGUCAACUUACUGAAAAAUGAUCUCCCGAGGCCAAAAUGGUGGCGACUAUACAUAGUAAGUACUAUGUUAGCUCCACCAUGCUUCAUGCUAGAGCUUAAGCACCAGCUGUUGAAAGUCAAUGUCGUCAUGGUAAUUUAACAGGUGAGAACUGCUUUAGACAAUCUUAUGUUUUCUCCUAAACAAGUUUAGGAUACUGUGAAAUGGUAAGCGUCAUGCCGCUAACAAGUGUAAGUUUACAUUUCUGUGGAUUAUACGGAUUAUGCUUUUCAUGUAAGCAAGACAUAUGAAGCAUCAUCUUGCUAAAUAAUAGUAGUUGAAAACCAUUGAAUAUGAA